GUGGCGCAUAUAUGGGAGGGCAGCAGCCAGGAACAAAAGGAUGCCGGCGACGAAGAAGAAUUUGUCUCCUAUACACAUCCCUGCAACACAAACGUUGUCAGGGAUUAAUUCACAACAAUAGAAACAUAGUGGGGAGGCAGUUGUGGUGACCGUGUACAUAGAAGGAGGCUAUUAUUGAAUUUAAAACAGUGUGUCUCAAAUUCGGCCGCUGUAAUGGUUAAGUGCUGCUGUCUUCGGGCAGCUAAAGGCUAGGUAACUCUUGUUUUUGCGCUAACGAAUCAUUUUGGUUUGUAAAAUAACCAAUAGCCAAUCCCGUUAAUUAACUGACCACCUGCUUGAAACCUACCACUGGGGUUGGCUGUAUUUCCUCUGCUAGAUAUUUUAACUACCCGGCCAAUUUCUUUGAGAGGUAUUAUGGAGUUUCCAUUUGAUAUUAACCAGUUAUUCUCCGAGAGGAUCUCUAUCUUGGACCAGGCCCUUGUUGCUGGUCGUAAAUCAGCAGGAAGGCCAGAUCUUCAAGCCUGCAUAGCCACAGUUAUUGAUGAACUCGGGAGAGCCUCAGCAAAGGCCCAACAGCUUACUGCACCUAUUACAAGUGCUUUAAAGCUGCAGUCCCAGAACCAUCAGCUCUACCUGCUGAAGGACGGAGAGAGCAAUGGAGGACGAGGUGUGGUUGUGGGAUUUCUCAAGGUUGGCUACAAGAAGCUAUUUCUGCUUAACCUACAGGGUGUACACAUAGAGGCAGAGCCACUGUGUAUUUUGGACUUCUACGUAGCAGAGAACUUGCAGCGACAUGGCUAUGGGCUGGAGCUGUUUGAUUUUAUGUUGCAGCACAAGAAUUUGGAGCCAGUUCUGAUGGCUUAUGACAGACCCUCACCCAAAUUCCUGUCUUUCCUGGCAAAGCAUUACUGCUUGACACAAAGUGUUCCUCAGGUAAAUAACUUUGUGGUGUUUGAGGGCUUCUUCCACAACAAAUCAGCAGCCCAGUUGAGAAAGGUUCCCCUAAAAAAGCCAGAUGGAGAGAUCAAACCCUACUCUUCAAUGGAGAGAGAAGCGGUACGUCAGGAGGAGAGGGCUCUUCCCUGGCCGUUUGCUCCUCCUUACUCCCCCCAGAAAUUGGUAUCCUCCCAGUGCUCACACUCCCUCAGCAUGGGAUCCUCUCCAAGCAGGGCACCCCCUCGAGCCGCCCCAGCUUCUAUCAUUGGGGGGAACAGGGAUCAGAGCCCACAGAGCCCACUCAUUGAUCGCUGCAGGGCAAGACGCACCAGCCAACAGGGUCUAAUUGCCAGAUGCAGCCUAUACAGUCGGCACAUGGACAGCAAAGCUAUUGGGCAGUUGGACAGACUCUUGCCAGCACCUUGUGCCUCCUCAGAACUGAGACCAGUGAGGGAUCAUUCAUACGCACUGGGAUACACAGACUUACACAGGUGCAAACCUCUCCCACUUGCACCUCUCUCUGCAUCCAAGAACGAUGACAUCUGCAGCCAGACCUUUCUAGACAGCACAGACACACACCUGGAUAGACAUACUGAAGCCUUUGGUGCUGCAGAAGAAAUCAGGAUGUUGGAUAGUUCACAGGGUCAAGCAGGUGGCAGAUUGGUCAAUCAGAGACACCUGCUGAAGAAGGAGAGUGUCAGAAGCAGACAAGGCUGGUUGUGGACUGGAGGAGAGAACUGCUACAAUGCCCAGUUGGUGAAGCAGAAGCAGGAAAAUAGAAGCACCCGACCCUGGUGAUCAGGAGCUAGUUCUGUGAUGCUUAUUACAAUUUAGAUAUUAUUUGUGUUUCUGCAAAUUAUUAAAUACAUAAAUGAAUUUUAAAAAUUCAUGUUGAAUUUAAGGAACAUAUAUGCUUUAAAUAAGUACUGAAGAAGAAAUUCCAUGUGACCUUCAAAGGUGUUUAGCAUCAUUGAUGCAAUGAUUUCUGAAUGAUGAGAGCUUUAAAUUUCAAACUUCACUUCAGGACUCAAACUCUGUCCCGGAACAAUACGCCCCCAGCCAUUGUGGUCCUGGUAUAGCAAUGUUUUUCUUUGUUGGUCUCCACACAGUCAUUUCACUGUGCACCAAUUCAUCUUAAGCAUGUGACCAAACUGCAGGGAUGAUCCCAAAUAGUACAUUGUAUAGACAAUGUUGGACUUUUCCAGUUCAUCCCAGUGGCGUUUGAUGGGUUUUGAGGUGAGGGCUCUGUGCAGGCCAGUCUAGUUCUUCCAUACCAAACUCGCUCAUCCAUGUCUUUAUGGACCUUGCUUUGUGCACUGGUGCGCAGUCAUGUUGGAACAGGAAGGGGCCAUCCUCAAACUGUUCGCACAAAGUUGAGAUCAUGGAAUUGUCCAAAAUCUCUUUCACUAGAACUAAGGGGCCAAGUCCAGCUCAUAAAAAACAAGCCCACACCAUAAUCCCCCCUCCACCAAACUUCACACUUGGCACAGUGUAGUGAGACAAGUACCGUUCUCCUGGCAACCGCGAAACCCAGACUUGUCCAUCAGAUUGCCAGAUGGAGAGGCGUGAUGCGUCACUCCAGAGAACGCGUCUAGUCCAGUGAUGACGUGCUUUACACCACUGCAUCUGACACUUUGCGUUGCUCUGGCUUGGAUGCAGCUGCUUGGCCAUGGAAACCCAUUCCAUGAAGCUCUCUACGCACUGCUCUUGAGCUAAUCUGAAGGCCACAUGAAGUUUGGAGAUCUGUAGUGAUUGACUCUGCAGAAAGUUGGCGACCUCUGCGCACUAUUUGCCCCAGCAUCCUACCACUUUGUGGCUGAGUUCAAUCCCAGUCGCUUCCACUUUGUUAUAAUACCACUGACAGUUGACUGUGGAAUAUUUAGUAGAGAGGAAAUUUCACGACUGGACUUGUUGCACAGGUGGCAUCCCAUCACAGUACUACACUGGAAUUUACUGAGCUCCUGAGAGUGGCCCAUUCUUUCACAAAUGUUUGUAGAAUCAAUCUGCAUGCCUAGGUGCUUGAUUUUAUACACCUGUGGCCAUGGUGGCCACCAAGUGAUUGGAACACCUGAAUUCAAUUAUUUGGAUGGGUGAGUGAAUAUAUGUAUUAUAUUAUAAAUUGUAUGUGCUCUGGGUUACAGUCAUGCUAGAAUAAAAAAGGGCCAUUGUUCAAAUGUCUUGGUAUGUUGAGGUGUUAAGAUUUCCCUUCACUCGAAGUAAGGGACCUUAUCCAAACCCCUGAAAAAUAGCCCAAUCCCAAUACUACAUAGUCUAUAUAGUCAAGACCUGCAUUGACAAGUAAUCAAACUGACAAAUGACAACCUGUGACCAUGGCACUUAACAUAGACAAUGAACAAUCACAAUAAGCAAUGGAAUGCAACCAGAUGGAGAUGUCGGGUUUUUCAUGUGACACACAGUAUGACCUAGUUCAUUUGAGGCACACCGAGACCUUUACCACUGUUCAAAAGUGAAGCAAAAAUAUCCCAGAUAUGAGUGCUGCCAUUUUGUGCAUUAGACUGCAACAAUAGUGAUGUGGCAGUGGACCCGAUUGGUGUUGGGCGCCA